AUGUUUCGACGGGGUCAUGAGAGGCUUUUCAGUUCUUUGAGAUCUUUGUCUCUUGAAAUGGCAAAAAACUCUCACAAACUAAAUGUGAAGCCGGCAAUCAGCGUUAGUUUAUAUUUAUAUUUCUAAAUGUCCAUUUUUUUUUUACAGAAAGAUGCGACAGAUGUAUUAAAAGCUCUGUCUGAAACAGUCGGAGUUGAUUCCACAGCUCCACAUUUCUCCUUCAUUGAUGAUCCUUUAACCAUUCCAUCAACAGCGAACGCGAAGAGAACUUACUUCAUGGCUAGAGCAAGUUACUUUCAAUUCUUGUAAACUUUCUCUAUUCCUAAUUAUUUUUAAUGUUAUAUAUUUCAGGAAAUGGGUAAACGAGCGGCUCGUGAGCUGGCGGAGGAAUGGCCAACAUUGUUCGCAUUUGAUCGCGACCUCCCUCGUCUGGAUGUUUUCCGGCCUAAUAAAACUUUGGAUCCAUUACAGGCAAGAUCGGUUUGUUUAAAAAAAAAACUUCUGUCGAGCUCCAGGUAGAUCCAACAGAGGCAAACUUGCUGCUGAUGAUUGAACAAAGAGAAGUUCGAGACGCGGGUAUGCUGUAUGAACGCAUGCGCACCGAAGACAUACCGGUCAGCGAGGAAGUUCAGGUUUUCUUUUUGAUACUCGCUUUUUAGAAGUCAAAAUGAGCUUUCCCGGAUGAAGAGUCUUUCAUAUAAAGCUAUAUAAAGAUAUUUGUAAGAUUUACAGAAAAUUAAAUUGAAGGUGGUUAAACACGGAUUGUAAAAGGAAACUAUAGAAUUAAAAGAUUAGAAGAAAAGAAUAUAAAAAUGAAUGAACUGAACUCUUCACCAUUCUUUGGUACGCCGUUUACCACUGUCUUUUUUACGGCCUCCGUGAAUUAUAGUUUUUUUUUAGAAAGUUUUUUUCCCGAAAAAAACAAUCAGUAUAAUAAAAAAAGCACAAACUGAGAAAGAAUGAACACAUUUCUUUGGUCUUCAGAACUUUUACUUUAGUUUGAAUCUUUUCCACCAAAAGAUUUGUAUUUUUUUUUAAAGAUGAAGCUGCUAGAAUUGGUCGCAUACUACAACGGUCAUGACAUCCCGUUCUCAGAAUGGGAAAAUUGGCCCGGAAUGCGUAAUUUCGGAGAUGACAAGCAUGGAAAUCGCGAAAGUUGGCAGAAUGUGAGGCUUAUCGUUGGACCUCUUCUUUUAAAGCGAAUUUUUUUCAGGGUUCUGUCGCUGAUAUGAUUUUCGAGACGUUGCCUCGUAAUGCUCAUUCUACGUCCAUCAUGAUCGCCGCAUUAUGCAAAUACCCCAGUAAAGCAAAUUUGGAAAGGGCUCGAAAUUUUUUCAAGGUUCUCUUAUUUGUGGGCCACAUUUAAAAAAGUGCUUGCAAGGAUUUGGAAAAGUCGAAAGAAACGCCAAAAAGAGAAGCUUUCGACGCGCUUAUAUCGGUCUCUUCGAUCAAGGAAGCCAAAAUGUUGCUCGAACUCAUGUUCGCAAAGAAAGUGAAGCCAACGGCAGCGACUUGGAACUCCCUGCUGAUUUCCGCGAGCAAAGUUGGAUCUCAUCUUUCUAGAUUUUCCACUAGAAAAAUUCCAGGUUGAGAAGCAUUCCGACCGUACAGAGGCUUUCAUGAAGAUUCUCGGCGAAAUGCAGCAAUGUGGAAUGCAGCCGACGCUUUCCGCCUUCCAAAUAAUUUGCUCGGGAUUCAUUGACCGCUCCUUGAGCUCCUCUUUCGAAGAAUCUGACAGAGAUACUUCAAAAAAUAAAGCAAAUAACGAUGUUUACAAGAAUCAGUUGGUAAAUUCCAUCAAUUUCUCAAAUUUUACAUUCUUCUUUUCAGAAACUAGCCAUUUCUUGGGUAUCAGAAAUUGUAGGCCACCUUGAAAAACGCUACGAACAGAAUCAAGCAAUCGAAGUUUUUUCGUCCAAUUGCCACCUUUUCUUCGUAGAAGCCAUUGGUAUCGCAUACAGGUUUUGUUUCAAGUUUCGUGAAAUAGCUUCUUCGAGAUUCCAGGGCUUCUAACAUUGACGUUGCUCGGAGAAUCGUCUCCCUCUACGAAUCCAAGCUCAACAAAGUGAAGAUGCCGUCUUUCAUAACAGAAGCUCAGUAUGUUCCUUCCUGUCUGAGAUUUGCGGAUGAAAACUUGUGCCGAAAUUUCUGGAGGGUGUAAAGUUGUAAAAUAGCUGUAUUUGGACUUUUGAAAGCUCCCUUUCUGCUGCCUUUUUGCUGAAAGCUCCCUUUCUGCUGCCUUUUUGCUCCAUUUUCUCAGCCCUUAUGCACCAUUUUUGCUGCCUCUCCCUUUCUCCACCAUUUCUCGAGCUUUUAAAAUCUCAGAAAAAUGGAAGGCUCGAUAAAGGGAGUCUCUUUGCUCCCUUUCGCUGUCUUUUUGCUGUCUUUUGCUGCCUUUUUGCUGCCUUUCUGCGGCCUUUUUUGAGCAUCUCUCUUUUAAAGGCCAUUGUACACCAUUCCGACUUUCCCCUAGGAAGAUUAAUAGCGAAAAAAUUUUUUAAAUUUAGUUUUCAUCGUCAAAAAACAUUUGAAAGUAAAUCUGGUUUUGGACUUUUUGUAAAUAAUGGUAUAAAAAUAUAUUUACGAUUUUUUUCUUUCAAUGGACUUCACUAUUAUCAAUUUUACUCUGUUGAAAAAAACCUUUUCUUUCAUGAAUUUUGAUUCAACCGCAGUUCCGCAAAUAUCUUGCGUGCAAUCCUGAAUCAUUAGGUGCUAUGUAUUUUUUGUUUUGCAGGUUCUAUAAUCGAUACUUGCAACUUUUUGUCGAGAAAUGUGAUAACAUCAACGAAAUUGAAACAAUUUAUCGGUGAUUUUCUCUUCCAUGUGGAAAAAAAAUCGUUUUUUUCAGUUCUUUUGUCCCCCGGCAUGUAUCGGUCAGCCGCACAUUGACCAAACUCAUCAUUGAAAAGUUGAAGGUAACUUCUGCGCCUAUAUUUCUAAUUUUUCCGGAGUUUUUCAGAAGCAGCAGAGUUGGCCAUUGCUCAGACGUUUGAUCGAGGAUGGCAUCUCAUCCCGCCAGAUGACCGAUUUCAGUGUUUCCUCAGAGUUCCGUCAGCUUCUUCUUCGAAUAGAAUAUCAUGUUAGUUCUGUUUACUGUUUCAUUAAUGAUUUCCCUUCUCAGACACUAUCGGUAUCAGAACGGGAAGAGUUCUCAUCCCUAGUCCAACGUAUGGUAUCGAUUUGGUUGGAGUUCAGUCGUUUCACUGAAGACCAUCCAGUUUCAAAGCGUCUCCAGGCAAAGCUCUCUCCCCAAUUGGUACUCUGUACUCUAUCAAAUGGGCCCUUAAAGUUUGGACUUCAGAUUUCCGAUUGUGCCUUGUUGUUGUCACGUAUCGGAGAAGUUGAGAAAGCCUACGAGUUGCUGGAGUUGAUCCUGAACGAGGACGCGAGAGAGGGCGAUGAAGCAACGGUUACCAGCCAAGGUUAAUUUUGAAUGAAAGCCCAUUUUAAAAGUCUUUUAAGGUUUUGCACGUCAUGAGGCUAUCGCCGAACUGUUUGAAGACGCUCUCCGUCAGAAAGAUGCCUCCAGGUUUGUUCUGAAGCAGAACUAGUAUUCAUAAAUUUUCAAGAAUGCCCAAAAUUAAUUCGAAUUGUUCAACUUAUGAGUUCCAGAGGGGUCCCUAUAGGGGUUAGGAGGGAAACAGAACCCCUAUAGGGUCCUAAAUUGUGGUCACUAUAGGGGUAAAAUUAAGGUGGUUCCUAUAGGGGUUUAGGGUCUGACCACUUAGCCCGUGAUGCUCAAGUGGACCCUAUAAGGUUCAUUCAAUUUUGUUCAAAAAACGUGUUUUUAUUCAGUUUUUCCCAUAGAACGUGUUUUUAUUCUAAUCUUGCGGUGAACAGAAUCACAACUUUAUCAAAAAAAAAAACUAUCCUAGUCUAAGGCAUAUUUAGAGCGGCUACGUGUCUCGAAAUCAUGUCUCUCAACAGCAACCGAAGCAAACUAGAGCCGCUCGCCAAAAGGAUUCACGAGAGGUUUGAAAUCUUCACAUCUUUGUCAUUUUCCGGGCUUAUAAAUUUUUAUUGAACUUCAGAUGCUCAUUGACUGAAGCGCAAAGUCGACUUAUCAAUGGCUUCGUUCGUCUACGGCCGCAAUAA